GGACGCCCGGCUCGGGCAGGCGUGGGGGGCCCGCGCGUCCCGGGAGCCCCGAGGCGGCAGCGCGCGUUUCCACGCCGCGGUCCCGCGGGAAAGCCGGGGGCGGCGGCCUGGCUGAGGCCGAGCUCGGAUCCGGUGCCGAGCCAAGCGGGGCAGUGCGUCGCCGGGGCUUCGCCUUCGCUCGCGUGACCUCCGCCGUCCUCCCCAACCCUCGUCCUCUGGCCGCGCCAGCGGCCGCACGCCCAGCGCCCCUCGCCUAACCUCGCGCCCGGGCCGCGCCUCCUCCUCCUCCUGCUCCCCGCCGCUUCCGUUUCUCGAGGGAAAGGCUGCUGCCUCCUGCUCUGUCCUCAUUCCCGGCUUAGUCCUUCAGAGCUUACAUCAUGUGGCCGAGUUUAUAUACCUCAUUGGCAAAACAGAGCCUAAGAACCAGCUCUUCUGUAUCCCAAGCAAGGCUCUUUCUACCGCACACCCUGCAGGCCCAUCCAGGCCCAUCCAGACAAUAAACACUGACGGCCCAGAGGGUGGGUGCCAAUUCCACCAGCAGCUGCAACUGAAAAGCAAGGUUCAGAAAUGUCAGAUAUCCUCCGGGAGCUGCUCUGUGUCUCUGAGAAGGCUGCUAACAUUGCCCGGGCGUGCAGACAGCAGGAAACGCUCUUCCAGCUGCUGAUCGAAGAAAAGAAAGAGGGAGAAAAGAACAAGAAGUUUGCAGUUGACUUCAAGACGCUGGCUGAUGUACUGGUACAGGAAGUUAUAAAACAGAAUAUGGAGAACAAGUUUCCAGGCUUGGAAAAAAAUAUUUCUGGAGAAGAAUCCAAUGAGUUUACUAAUGACUUGGGGGAAAAGAUUACCUUGAGGUUGUGUUCAACAGAGGAAGAAACAGCAGAGCUUCUUAGCAAAGUCCUCAAUGGUAACAAGGUGGCAUCUGAAGCAUUAGCCAGGGUUGUUCAUCAGGAUGUUGCCUUUACUGACCCAACUCUGGAUUCCACAGAGAUCAAUGUUCCACAGGACAUUUUGGGAAUUUGGGUGGACCCCAUAGAUUCAACUUAUCAGUAUAUAAAAGGUUCUGCUGACAUUAAAUCCAACCAGGGAAUCUUCCCCUGUGGACUUCAGUGUGUCACCAUUUUAAUUGGUGUCUAUGACAUACAGACAGGGGUUCCCCUGAUGGGAGUCAUCAAUCAACCUUUUGUGUCACGAGAUCCAAACACCCUCAGGUGGAAAGGACAGUGCUAUUGGGGCCUUUCUUACAUGGGGACCAACAUGCAUUCACUACAGCUCACCAUCUCUAGAAGAAACGGCAGUGAAACACACACUGGAAACACCGGCUCUGAGGCAGCAUUCUCCCCCAGUUUUUCAGCCGUAAUUAGUACAAGUGAAAAGGAGACUGUCAAAGCUGCAUUGUCACGUGUGUGUGGAGAUCGCAUAUUUGGGGCAGCUGGGGCUGGUUAUAAGAGCCUAUGUGUUGUCCAAGGCCUCGUUGACAUUUACAUCUUUUCAGAAGAUACCACAUUCAAGUGGGACUCUUGUGCUGCUCAUGCCAUACUGCGGGCCAUGGGUGGGGGAAUAGUAGACUUGAAAGAAUGCUUAGAAAGAAAUCCAGAAACAGGGCUUGAUUUGCCACAGUUGGUGUACCACGUGGAAAAUGAGGGUGCUGCUGGGGUGGAUCGGUGGGCCAACAAGGGAGGACUCAUUGCAUACAGAUCCAGGAAGCGGCUGGAGGCAUUCCUGAGCCUCCUGGUCCAAAACCUGGCACCUGCAGAGACGCAUACCUAGAGGAACUCUAACCCCGGUGUACCUGUAUAAACUGAACUGUGAAACUGUUUCGAUUAUCUCUGUUUUUUGAGGAUGGCUUUGUCCUGUUGCUGGUUAACAUUCACCUUCCUCUUUUGAGGAGUAUUUUUCCAUUAUGUAUUCAUAAUAAUGUUAAUUUCAAUAAAUGACAUUCAUGCAGCAAUUA